AUGUCAUCUCUACUUCACUUGAAAUUAGAUGGAAUCAGAAGUUAUUGUCAUGUAGGCUAAGUUAAAGAUAAUAAUAGAAAAGCAGCAUAACAAUCUUAAUCUAUAUUUUUUAAAUAACCUCUCACUCUUAUUUGGGGUCAUAAUGGGAGUGGAAAGACAGUAAUAAUUUAUGAUUAAAAUAGACAAUUAUUGAAGCUUUAAGGACUAUUACUACUGGAAUGUAGCCUCCAAAUUCUGAGAAGUAUUCAAUUUUACUAUUUCCUUAGAGGCAGAAGUUUCUUAACUGAUAGUCAUUUACUUGGAUAAAGUAAGACCGAUGCUUGUAUUGAACUUGGUUUUAAGUCAAUUAAUAAUCGUGAGAUUGUUGCUCGUAAACAUUUUAGUAUUGUAUAUGAUUCUCCUAAUUCUUGUAAAUUUUCCUCACUAAGAUCUACCCUAUAAACUAAAUCAUUAGAGACUGAUAAAUUAGAAACAUUGCAUUCCACUUGUGCCAAUAUUGAAAAAUAAAUUCCUUGCUUUCUAGGUGUCUCUAUUCCUAUUCUAAAUAAUGUUCUUUUAUGUCAUUAAGAAGAGCAACUCUGGAUGUUUAGUGAUAACUCUACUCUUAAAGGAAUUUUCGAUGAACUAUUUGAAACUACUGAUUUAGUUAAUAUUGAGAUUAAAUUGAGGGAAUAACUUAAAGAAGCUGAAAGCAAGGCAAAAAUACUCAUGGAAAAAGUUGAAUUCUCCAAAAGAGACAUGGAUGAUGGGCAACGUUAAAGAUCCAAUCUUUAGAAUUAAUUAGAAGAAAAAUAUAAAGAAAUUAAAGUUAUACAAGAAAUUAAUUAAUAAAUUAACUUAAUCUAAAUUUCAAAUAUCGAUUUCAAUAUCAUUUAGUAAAAAAUGAGUGAAUAUGCUGAUUUAAUUGCUUACAGAAAUUCAAUCCAAGAAAAUAAAAUUCUAUUAUAAUUAGAUCAUAUUGAUUUAAAUCAAUUAUCAUAAUAUGAUUAUGUGAUUACCACUAUGAAGUCAUUAGAGAUUGACUUAAGAACUACUUAAGAAAUUCUUAAAUCUAGUGAAAUUAAUUUAGAAAAUAAAAAAAUAGAAUUACAGGACCUUUAAAUUGAUACUUCUAUAGAAACAUUAAAAUAAGAAAUUAAAUUAAUUAGAGAUUCUGUUAAAUCUAUAUUUAUGUUUUAAAAUAAUAUUUCUGAUGAAAAUUUAUUAAAAUUAGUUAAAGAAAAAAUCAAUCAAACUAAAAUCGAUUUGUAAUAAGAGUAAUAAAAAUAACAACAAAUGUAGUCCAAUUUUUAAACUAAAAUCUCUAACUUAAAUGAGAAAAGAUAAAAGUAUUUCAUUGAAGUUAAAAUAAAUGAAACAUAAAGAAAUGAAUAGCUUAAAUUAAAAGAUCAAAUCUCGAAAGAUAUUAAAAAUAAAGAAAUGCUCUUAUAAUAAUUAAAUUUCCAAAAAAAAUAAGCUGAAUAAUUAGAAGUUCAAAUAAAAGAAAAAUAAAAAUUCAAAUCAGAAUUUGAAUAAAUUAAUUAAGAUCUUAUUGAUUGUUAUGAUAUUACAUAGAAAAAUUAAUAAAUUAGUUCUUACUAAGAAUUAGUUAAGAAAAUUUCUGAUCUAGAAGAAAACAUCUCAUCAAAAACUACAAAAAUAGAUCUAUUAAUUAGAGAAAAUGGCUGGAGGGCUAUGAUUAAAAUAAAUGGAUCUAAAUUAGAAAGAGAUAUUUCAAUUUCAAAAUGUGAAGAAUCUAUUAAACAAAAGAUUUAAUAAAUUAAAACUUAAAUGGCAAAAGAUUAAGCUUAAAUUAAAUUUUUAAACGAUCAAAAGGAUGAAUUAAAAACUUUACUAUCUAUAAAUAAAGCAAUUAAAUAUGAUCCAUCAGAAUUAGAUAAUUUAAAAAAACAACUCAGAGAAGUUAAAGAAAACAAAAUAAAAUAUAUAUUCAAUUAAACAGAAUUCAUUGAUUAAUAUGUAUGUAUCGAUAAUUAUUAAGAUUGCUAGUUCCAGACAAUCUGGAAAAUGUUUACUAUGUUUAAAACCUACAGAUUAAAGUUGUUUUGAUUUGCUAAAGCAUCGAGUAUAACAAAACUUACCAAAAACGAAAUCUAAAAUUAAUGAAUUUGAAUUAUAAAUCAACAGUCUAAAAGCUGAAAAAGAUAAGAUUUAAUAGGGAAUGCAAAACAAUUAACAUUUAGAAAAAAUUAAAUAAUUAGAUUCUCAGAUAGCAGAGAUUUAAGCAAGUUAGAGAGAUUCUGUUGUUGGUGAUACGUUAAUGUAAUUGGAAAAAAAUCUUUAAGAUAUUACGGUAUUAAGAUAAUUGUUUGGAAAUGAAGAAGAAAACCAAAAGGAAUUAUUAUUAAUUUAAAAAAUUUCACUUGAAAGAGAAAAUCCAUAUUUAAAAGGAUCUCUUAAAUUAUCAAAUAAUCCUUAUAAUUAAAUUUAACUUUAAAGAGCUAAAUCAGAAAUUUAAAACAAAUUAAAAUAAUAUGAAGGUUUAACUGAAAAUUAUGAGAAUCCUAAAUAAAUAUAAGAUAAUAUUUUAAGAGUUUAAACAGAAUUAAAUUAACUUAAAUUAUAAAAUUAAAAAAUAGUUGUUUUAGAACUUGAUGAUAAAUCCGUUGAAAUUUAUGAGAUUGAAUCUCUAUUAAAUAAAUUAGAACUAGAAUAAAAUUAAUAAAAUGAUCAAUAUAUGGAGUUAAUUUUAUUUUAGAAACAACUUCUAAAUAAUUUAGAAUCAAUUCAACCUUAAUUUGAAUAAAAAAUAUUAAAGAAAUAAGACUUAAUGAAUAAAAGUAAGAAUAAUUAUAAAUACGCUGAUUAUAUUCAAAAGUUAUAGUUAGAGAUUUAAGGGGAGAUGGAUAAAAUUAAGUAACUAGAAUUAGAAAUUUAGCAAAAAUAACAGAAACUAAAAUAAUAUUAAGAAUUAUAAGAUUACAUCUAGAAACUGUAAAAAUGGCAGAACUUUGAGGAAGCAGAAGAGAAACUAAAUUAAUAAAUAGAAGUUGUACAAUAAGAAAUUUAAAAUCUCUAAAAUGAAUAUCAAUAAUAAUAAAUAAAUAUAACAAAAAAGGAUAAAUUAAAAUUAGAAUAUGAUUUAAGAAAGUCAAAGUUAGAAUAAAGUUUUUAAACAUCUUUGGAUUAAAAAAAAGAUAUAAAUAAAAGAUAUGAUGGAACAGAGCAAAAAAGACUUGAAUUAUUAUGCGAAUUGGUGGCAAAUUAAUAAUUUAUUAGUGAUUUAAGGAAAUAUUUAUCAAUUUUAGAGUCUACAAUGUUAGAAUGUCAUGGUUAGAAGAUGAAAGAAAUAAAUAAAUUUUUGUUUGAUACUUGGCAAGUAAAUAUAUAAUAAUAUAAUUUAGAAAAUUUAUAAUGGAUAAGAUAUUAAAUUUAUAGAAGUAAAAUUUGAUGAAAUUCCAAAUUAGAAGAAAAUAUCGAAAAAGUACAAUUACAGAUUAGUAAUGAGAACAAUGAAUAAUACAGAAAUAGAUAUGAAAGGCAGAUGUUCUAUGGGUUAAAAGAUGCUUGCAUCAAUUGUUUUUAGAAUGGCUUUGGCUGAAUGUUUUGGUAGUAAUUGUUGUUUUUUGGCUUUAGACGAGCCAACUUCAAAUUUAGAUAGGAAACAUAUAAAAAGUAAUAAAUAUUUAAAUAAAAUAGCACUGGCUGAAUAACUUAAUUCAUUAAUAGAACUGAUGAAAUAACAUGAAUAAUAAAUAUAGUUGAUUAUAAUUACUCAUGAUAUGGAUUUAGUGAAAUUAUUAAAAAUGCAUGCUGAUUCAUAUUACAUGAUAAGUAAGAAAGAAAAUGGUUUUUCAUGUAUAGAAGAAAGAAAAAUCGAGGAGCUUAAAUGAAAAACUA